CCUUACGGGAGGACCGUUGACCUCUGGCCCAAGAUGGCGGCGCCCAGAGCCUGGCUCUGGCAGUUCGCUCUGAGGUGACGAGAGACCGACAGCCGUGUGUCAUGUCGAAGCUCAGCCGGGUCACGCGGGCCGUCAAGAAGACGGAGGCUGGUGGAGUGAUCCGGGCCAUCGUGCGAGCUGGCCAGGCCAUGCCCGGGCCCCCGCUGGGGCCCGUCUUGGGUCAGCGAGGUGUUUCUAUCAGCCAGUUUUGCAAGGAGUUCAACGAGAAGACGAAGGACAUCAAAGUAGGCAUUCCUCUGCCCACGAAGAUUUUUGUGAAGCCUGACAGGACAUUUGAAAUCAAGAUUGGACAACCCACUGUUUCCUAUUUCUUGAAGGCAGCUGCUGGGAUUGAGAAAGGGGCCCGGGAAACAGGGAAAGAGGUGGCCGGCCUGGUGACGCUGAAGCACAUAUAUGAAAUUGCUCGUGUCAAAGCACAGGAUGAAGCCUUUGCCCUGCAGGAUGUCCCUCUGUCUUCUGUUGUCCGAUCCAUCAUUGGCUCUGCCCGUUCCCUGGGCAUCCGAGUGGUGAAGGAGUGAGUGUCAUGGGAGAAGCAGUUUGAA